AUGUCUGGUACCUUGGAGAUUGUGCUGCGCAACAGUACCAAUGCCAAGACCUUGUACGCGCACGUUACUGGCACCUCGGAUGACGGCCUCUUCCUCUUGUCCUCGGAUGGCAAGACGGCGCACCACCCGGCCAACCCGACGCAGACGUUGACGCCGCUGGGAGCCGACUGCGCCAUCAAAGUAGGCGGCGAGGGUGAAACCAAGACGUUGACGAUUCCGUACGUGUCGGGCGGCCGCGUCUGGUUUUCCAAGGACAAGCCGCUCAGCUUUUUCGUCAACCCGGGACCCGCGCUCGUGGAGCCGUCGGCGCUCAACGACAAGGACGCCAACUACGAGCUCGACUGGGGCUUUGCCGAGUUUACUUUUAACCGCAGCCAGCUCUACGUCAACGUGUCGUACGUCGACUUUGUCAGUUUGCCCGUGAGCCUGCGCCUGGAAAACGCCAGCGGCAAGGUGACCAACGUGGCGGGCAUGCCGAGCGACGGGCUCGAAAAGGUUUGCGCCGGCCUGACGGCGCAGGGCCAAAAGGACAGCGCCGGCUGGGACAAGCUCGUCGUCAAGUCGGGCGCGGGCGAGCUGCUCCGCGCGCUCAGCCCCAACUCGGGCGCUGUCAUGGUGCCGGAUCUGCUGAAAGGGUACUACGAUAAGCACGUCGACGCUGUGUGGAAAAAGUACGCCGACGAGGACCUCACGGUCAACACGCAGUUCAAAUGGGGCGAUGUCAAGGGCCGUGUCAACCAGGCCGGGGAGCUCGACUUCGGCGGCGACGCCGGUAAGUUUGGCAAGCCGUCCGCCGCCGACAUCUUCUCCUGCAACUCGGGCCCGUUUGAGCACGGCAAGGGCGCCACCGACGAGUCGCUCAACGUGGGCGCGCGCCUUGCUGCCGCGCUCAACCGCUCCACGCUGCUCAUUAAUAAUAAGCAGCCCGAAGGCGAGAAUGUGGCAAAGUACUACCAGGAGGAUGUGACGAACCACUACGCGCGCAUCUGCCACGCCGUGGCCGUCGAGGGCCGCGGUUACGCGUUUCCGUACGACGAUGUUGGGUCUUCCAACGGCGUGGAUCAGUCAGGGUUCCUGAACGAUCCGAAUCCCAAGACACUGACGAUUGGCGUCGGCGCGCCUCUGACCUAG